ACAAAAAUGUUUAAAUUUUAGCAAAUUCACUCAGUACACCGGUGAGUGAACAAAGUUUAUUUGUAACAUUGUAACAUUUGUUUUCUUGACGUUCGUCAAACAAGUUCGCGUUAAUUAUUUUUAAUUGCGUGUGCAAAAAUUAGAAGAUAACAUUGUAGCAAUAAUAUAAAAUUGUUUCCUUAAUAAAAGCGUUUAUAACAAUAUUCUGAUUAAGCACAUUACGGAAUAAUAUCUAUAAAAUGAGAACCAGUAACUCGUUACUGAUAGCUUCUUUAUAUCUACUGUCAACAUUUUUGAACAGUCACGCAAGUCCACACAUCACACAAUUAAAAAAACCAAGAAAAUUCAUUAUCGAUACGGAUGCAGGAGGUGAUGAUGCUAUAGCAAUUCUUUUAGCAUUAAAUUAUGAAGCAAUGCACAAGGACGAAAUAGAAAUAAUUGCAAUUACAUGUACACAUGGUAAUACUAAGGAAAAAAACGUCGAAAAAAAUGUAUUGAAAAUAUUAACUGUUGCAAAAAGGGCUGAUAUUCCUGUUUAUGGAGGUGCAGAAAGAGCACUAAUAAACCAUUAUAAGGGUAUUCCUUUUUUUGGAAAUGAUGGACUUGGUGAUUUUGAAUUUACAGAGGAAAUUAUAGCAAAAGUUGAUAAAUCUUCAUUGGCAGCUGUGGCUUUAAUUAAUUUAAUCAAAUUGCAUCCUGGAGAAGUAACUAUAAUUGCACUUGGUCCAGUGACAAAUUUAGCUCUGGCCACGAGACUUGAAUCAGCAUUCAUUGAAAAUGUGGGUGAAUUAAUCAUAAUGGGAUCAAGCGUUGCUGGCAUAGGAAAUGAAAUGCCUAACGUUGAAUUUAAUUUUGCAAUUGACCCUGAAAGCAAUUUUAUAGUCAUGAACUCAACAAAGAAACCAUGUAUUCUUUUUCCAUGGGAUACUGCUCUUAAUUCUCGGAUUGAUAAGAAAUGGAGGACAGAAGUUUUUGGCCAAUUGAAUUCAUCUUCGGUAAAAUUUUUAAAUAAAGUUGAAGCAAUUUAUAUGCCUAAAGCAAAAAGUUGGUCAUCAGUUGACACUGUAACUGUUGCAAUAGCAAUUUGGCCUAAUUUAAUUAAAAAAUCUAUUAUCACGAAUGUUACACCAGUGUUCGAUGGUGCUGCAAAGGGAUCAGUUCUUGUUGAUUAUCGAAAUUCUACGGGAAAACCGAAAAAUGCAAAAAUAAUUCAGUCUUUUGAUAUUGAAUUGUUCAAGGAAAAAUUACUUUUAUAUUUUUCUCAUUAGAAAACAUUUCAUUGUAAUAUUCAUUAAAUUAAUAUUAUAAUUAAAUCUCAAAGACUACAUUUAUAAAUAAAAUAAAUCCUAUACUUAUAUAUAUAGGAUAUUAUUUAAAAUUAAAUUUUGUCUACAAACAAUUGUUGUAAUAUAUAUUGUUUAUCUAGACAAUGGAAAUAAGUUACUCCGUAUCAAGUCUUAGGGUCCUUUGUCUGGAAGCUGUAUUUUGUUCUCUGUAAUAAUAAAAAAAAGUCUUUAAACAAACAAAAGGAGAGAAACCAAAGAAAUGUAUUUAUUUUCGUUUCAUUUUAUAAAUUCUGAAAUGCCAGAGAACGAGGUGGAGGAGAGAAAGUCGGUGAAAUGGUGGAUGGAGUUACGGGGGUGGACCCCGUUGAGAGUGGUCGAGAGGUAACAUGGGAGGAGAGGGCAUAGAAUCUAAACUGCACAAUAGCUGGUAAUAUCGAGAGUUGGCGUCGCGAGUGCGGUGCUGGCACUAUUGAAUGCAAUAAUUAUAAAUUGGUGUCUUUCAGCUGACGGCAAAUGGACGCGUAACGAAGCUUUACCGAGAAACUCCGUGUUUCUCUUCAUACUCUACCAGCAGCCAUAGUACAUCUCUCUUCCCAUAACUCUCUCUCUCUCUCUCUCUACCCCCAUUCAAAUGUUCAUUUCUCCAUCUGUGUUGUCACGAAUGAAUUUAGAGAGAUGCACUUUCACGAUAAUUUAUGAGAACAAUUUUCCACUAUAUUUUAUUUAUAU